AUGUCGGACAGUCGCACAAUAUCACCCACAUCCAGCCUUAUGGCUUCGUCUUCAGUAGAGAGUUUCGAUCCAGUAAUGUUCUGGGUCGUCGUAUAUUUCACUGAACAAGAUCGCUGGAUGACCGACAUGCAGCUGCUCAAGAAAAUGCGCGUCGAUAUCCAAGACCGACUCGCCGUUACAUGGACCCACAUCGACCCUGGAUACACCGAUUAUAAAUACCCCAUUUUACUCAUUAGCCUGGACAACGAUCUCGAAGAACUCUUUAAUAUGGCUGAAAGUAUCGUUGACACCUUCAUUCAGGAUUACCCCUACCAGGGGCCGCCUUUUCGCCGGGAUGAUAUUUUUCCUCCUGUGACUCGGAAACAGAAGUGA